AUAUCUUCGGCUGCUUACAUGCAGCGGCCCCACGGUGGGGCAGCAGCCCGAGCUGCGCAAGCCACGUCAAGCUCUCCCAUAGUGAGUAUUUAGUCAGUGCUCACACUCUUACUGUAUUAUCCAGUACCUCACACAAGUCGUUCUGUUCCAUUCUCACUACUCGCCACGCGAUACAGAAUUUGAUACUCCAACAUGGCUUCCUAUCCAGCACAGAAGUGCUGUGCAAUUGGCGUAAAGCACGAGGGCACACCUAAGGGAGAAAUCAAGACCUUUGGCGACAUCCGCGCAUACGAGAUCUAUCCUGAAGAUCGCAGCACCCAAAAUGCCGUCCUGAUCAUGACCGAUGUGCUCGGCUUCGGGUUCACGAACGUACAACUCAUCGCCGACCAAUUCGCAGCAAACGGCUACUACACUAUUAUCCCCGACGUCUUCCGCGGCAACGAGAUCCCCUUCCCCAUGCCAGAGGACUUUGACUUCCCUUCCUGGAGAGCGAACAAAAUGCCACGCGAGGGCGACGUCGACCCUAUCUAUGCCUCCAUCAUCAAGUAUCUGCGUGGCGAGCUGGGUGUAAAGAGGCUCGGCGGCGUGGGCUACUGUUUCGGGGGCAAGUACGUCUGCAGGUGGCUCAAGCCGGGCGGCUUGGACGCAGCAUUCACCGCGCACCCGAGUUUCGUCGAAGUGGAGGAGUUGAAGGGCAUCCAGGGCCCGUUGAGUAUUGCUGCUGCUGAAACGGAUCACAUCUUCCCCGCUGAAAAGCGACGCCAGACAGAGGAUAUUCUCAAGGAUAUGAGUGUGCCAUACCAAAUGAAUCUAUACUCUGAUGUCGAACACGGCUUUGGUGUCAAGGGCGAUUUGGCAAAUCAGAGGGGUAGGUUUGCGAAGGAACAGGCGUUUUUGCAGGCGGUGUUUUGGUUCGAUGAGUUCGUCAAGAAGGAAACUCAUGAUACACCGGUGCCGAAACCUGGUCUAUAGAUACGUCGUUGGCACUGGAUCG